UGAAAUCACCAUGGACUCAGAUAUCAGCACUCCUUCCAUUCGACAUGUGAAUGGCGGAUGAGUCUGGACCUUUGCAGCUUCUGCACCGAAGGAUCAAACUUCUUUUGAUGACCUGGAUUUUAUUUUAACCUGAAACACUGACUAUUUCACUUUUCUGGAUACAAAAACUAGAUAAAAUACUAUAAAGCUGGACUGCCUUUGGUUUGGGUUCGAUAGAAACAACAUGUUGAAUUGCAAUCCAAGCUUCGUCAUGUCAGACGUCUGAUUCACCUGUUUGGUCUGAAUUGCAACAAACAAAAUGAGGAUAUGGACUUUACAGAGAGAUACAGGACAUGAAGACAUCUCAGACACAAAUGGAGGAAGUUGUGCAUGAAUAAUGGCCGACAAGACUGGUUUCAUGAUAGCCUCUCCGUCAGAUCAAUCAAUCCCAAAUCUCACCACAGACCAAUGGGAGGCCACAGUGCCUGCCGAUGUGAACGUCGUCACAAGCUCCCAGUCCCAGAUAAAGGACCUGUUCGGGCUGUUCUGCAUGGUAACCCUUAACCUCAUCGCCUUGUUGGCCAACACCGGCGUGAUGGUGGCCAUUGCUCGUGCACCUCACCUGAAGAGGUUUGCGUUUGUGUGUCAUCUCUGUGCGGUGGACCUGCUGUGUGCCAUCCUCCUCAUGCCUCUGGGGAUCAUAUCCAGCUCGCCGUUCUUCGGCACCGUGGUCUUCACCGUUCUGGAGUGUCAGGUUUACAUCUUCCUCAAUGUUUUCCUCAUCUGUCUGUCCAUCCUCACCAUCACAGCCAUUAGUGUGGAGCGUUACUUCUACAUCAUCCACCCGAUGCGUUAUGAAGUCAAGAUGACAAUCAACCUUGCUGUUGGUGUCAUGCUCCUAAUCUGGGCUAAGUCGGCCCUCUUGGCUCUGUUCACGCUGUUCGGUUGGCCAGCUUAUGGACAUCAUAGCUCCAUCGCUGCAGCUCACUGCUCUCUGCACGCGAGCCACAGUCGUCUGAGGAGAGCGUUUGCUGUGCUCUUCAGUGUGAUUUGUUUCCUGGUCCCAGCGGUGGUUAUCUUCGCAGUUUACUGUGCCGUGUACAAGGUCGCUCGUUCCGCAGCCCUGCAGCAAGUCCCCGCUGUGCCAACAUGGGCAAACGUGAACCCAGCUAAGGAUCGCUCAGACUCCAUCAACAGCCAGACCACCAUGAUUACCACCAGCCGCACUCUGCCCCAGAGACUGUCUCCAGAGAGGGCCUUCAGCGGUGGCAAGGCUGCUAUUACUCUGGUGUUCAUCGUGGGCCAGUUCUUGGUUUGUUGGCUACCGUACUUCAUCUUUCACCUGCAAAUGUCUCUGACUGACUCCAUGCAGAGCCCCGGAGACUUGGAGGAGGCGGUCACCUGGCUCGCCUACUCCUCCUUUGCAGUGAAUCCGUUCUUCUACGGCCUGUUGAACAGACAGAUCAGAGAGGAGCUGGUGAAGUUUCGACGCUGCUGCCUGACCCAGCCUGUGGACUUUGGGGCGUCCAGCCACGAGGGCUCCCUGCAGGAGAACUUCCUCCAGUUCAUCCAGAGAACCAGCAGCACAGCUGAGGCCCAGUCCAGCUGUGCCAACUCCAGCCCCAGAAACACCAUUAACCAGGGGAUAAAGAUUCCUGGACAAAUACCUGAGGAACGUGCCUGAACAUUAACCAACCUGAACGAUGGACAACAGUCUCUAUACAAUACUGACAGGCCCAUAUUUAAAUUGAAAGGAUCAUUAGUUCCUGUUAUUGCUGCAUCUGUCCCAACAAGCUACAAAGAGGUCUCUUCUUGAAAGCAAUCACAUUGUAAGUGAUGGCCGACAAAAUCAAUAGUAAUUUUUCUGUGCAACAGUUUAAAUUAUCAGCUGAAAUUAAGGAUGUUAUUCGGCUGACAACAAUGACGUGUAUGGAUUUGGUCACCCAUCCCUUAUUCAAUGAAAUUGCUUAAAGAUGCUAUGGCGGCUAUUAUGGCCAAAAGGAACCAUCUGACCGAGCUCUGUCCCAAUUCCUCUCCCUUGGCCGAACCCCUAGAUAUGAACUGUACUUUGCUGGUAGUGUCCCUCUUCAAGGUCACAAGGGUGAGGUUGUCAAGAUCCAUUAAUUAUUCUCUGAGAAAUCAAUACAAAUUUUGAAAAACACCAUGUCUUGCACUGUUUAAGUGAAACAACAAACUGGAUCAGACCGCUGAAAUCCUGCCUUCAUCCACACAAACCAACCAACAAUCAAAUGUACAGGAGGAAGUAAUACUUUAAUGUACACGUGUACAUGUCAGUAUUAUACUGAAAAAGAUACGAUCCCACACUUAAAAUAAAUGUUAAAUGUCCAGUGCCUUUCUCAGUUUAAUUCAUGAAGGCUUUUUCAUUACAGGUCACGGAGCUACGGCUCCAUGUGGCCUCGAAAUAUCUAAAUAAAUGUGAUAUUGUUCCCCUCUAUGUAAUUUAACCAUACGUCACCAUUGGCCUGGUUUUGUGCUGUUUGUUAAAAUGUUUUAUAUGUUUGUAAAUGUGUAAAUAUGGAGUUUUACUAUAAUAACAAAAAGUGUAACAAUUGAAGUUGGUAAAUGUCCAUUAGGGAUAUGUUGUGUGGACGAAGGGUGCAGCGUUAUCAGAAAGUGUUUUUGAUUGACUUGUUGCCCAAUUGGGCAGCACUCUUACUUUUGCCAGUGUAAUGCUUUGGGUUACGUUUGGCCUUGAUAGGAUAGAAGCCGUCAGGCUGUGUUCAUUAUGGCUGAUGUGUGAGUGAGUAAUAAAUGACACACUUUGUGGAAACCUCAGUUUAGUCUGGGCGCUGCGCUUUUUGGCUCUCGUCUUCUUCUGCUUUCGGGAAGUGGCCUCAACCAAGAAACAGUGCCCCCAACUGCCUUAAAGGUCAUUACCUCUCCCCUGGUUGGUCAGUGUGUUUCUGAGCAAGGUUACACAAAAACCAUUCGACAGGUUUCCACGAAAUUUGGUGGACAGACCGAUUAUAUGUUAAGGGAAGAACCCAUUACUAUUUUGGUGUGGAUCCAGAUCACAGGGCUGAUCCAGGAAUUUGUCCUUUUUUCUUUUUACCUACUUUUACGUUGUGAGAUUUAAAGAAAAAUGUAUCAAUAGAUCGAGGGAAAAUUUGGGGCAGCUUAAAUAAAACUCAAGGGGACUGUUGGCAGAGGUGUAGUGCUCCACUGCGGGUCAUUCCACUUUAUUGUAUUUGAAUAACAUAUUUUGGCUCUACUGUGUCAUUUAUUUCAUGCCACUAACAAUGUGCUCUUUUUCCCAGUGUUACACCGAUGCCUGACACUGUUGUACAUUGUAUUUGAUGUCAGUGUUGCCCAGCAGUGUUGUCUACAUCUGAGGAAUAACUUGACAAACAGCAGCACAGUGUGACUCCCACGUAUCACUCUGCAGAGCACUGACACGUCGGCGCUCUGCAGAGUGAGGAGCUCUCAUGAAUCGGUGGAGACAAUACCUCCGAGUUCCUGCGUGAGACAGAUACGCUGCUAGACGCUGAAUGUCAUCCGUCCCUGUCGUCAUGGAAAUUGAGUGAGCCUGUGACUCACAUAGCAACAAGGACCCCUUCGCCUGGAUGUAUGCUUAAGCUUCGGAUUCUGAUUGGACUCUACCAAUUCUGCCUCACGCCUCCUUUCAAGACGCAGACUGAUUAUGUAAGGUCUAUAGGUUCAGAUAGAGGCUCAUUAUCAUAUGCAUUAGUGGCCCAGGUAGAAAAAGGCUCCCUGUGAUUAUGGGCAGCUGUGAUAGCGACAUGGUCACUGUGAGGCGGAGAUAGUGAAUUUCCAAUGGAAAUCAUUACUGGGCAUUGAUAAAGCUCUAAAAGUGGCGACAAAGUGCUAUUUUAUGGUCCCUGCUAUUUGUAUUAGUCUUUCACAAAAAGGGGGAAAGAUGGAAUAGUGUGGUCACUGCAAGUGACGGCAAACACCAUUUUGCUGUCACUAAUUGGGUUAUUCUACACCACGCUUACAUAACUGUGAUAGUGUCUGUUAAAUGCUUGGUGUGGGGUUUCUGCAUUAGGGGGAUAUAAAUGCUGUACAAACACAAACAGUGUGAACCUAUGUCCUGAUACUAAUGUUAAGUAAGUCUGUUUCUGUCUUUAAUGCACGCCUUCACAAAUGCAU